ACAGCCAAAUGCACCGAUUGAAUAUUGCAAUUUUGAUUAAAGAAGAAUUUCGAUUCAUAAUGAAUCGAUUCGGUGUACCCGAAACUGUACAAGUAAAUGUUUCAUUUUUAUGAAUUUGAUUAAAUGGAACAUUAACAACAAAAAGCCGCUACAUCUUACAAAUACAAAUAAUGGAUCUCUCCGUUUCACGUUCAUUUCAUACAGCAGCAACGAAAUGAAAAUUUCAACAAAUCAACCAAGAAAAUUGAAUACAUUGAGCUGACGCUUUACACUUAAGUUUUCCACACACAAGCGCCGAGCACUCUCCUAUUUGUACAGAACACAAUAUGAAAGCUAUAUGACUAUUGACUAUUGCACCACCACACACAUUUAACCAACACUAAAAUUUCCACUGUUCUUAAUUUAGCAACUCGUCGGCUCAAAAUCAGUCUAACAGUGUCCUCUAUGUAAAACACAUUUACUGGCACACGCAUAUACAAAAAAAAAAGAAAAUAAAAAAUUUUCUCAAAAAUUUUAAAAUUUUAUAAUUUAAAUAGAAAGGAAAAAAUAAUCAAAAAUUCCAAGAUUCAGUCAAAAAAAUCGAAUGAAAUCAAGCUUUUCUUUGCAAUAUUUUCUGUUUGGCGUCGGUUGUUCUCUCAGAGUAUCGUCGGUAAAAGUUUUUUUUUUUGACUUUGCGGGAAACGUCUCAACAUAAAUUGUAAUUUUCGAUUGAAAAUUUAUAAAUAAAAUCAAAAAAUUAUUUUUGGUUUAACCGUUUUAGAGAGUGCAUUAGAGUGUGGCUAAUUUCUUCUUCUUUUUAUACAAUUUUUUUUUUUCGGUUGCGUUAGUAGUGUUAGUUGUUUAUUAUUAUCGGUGGUGUGUUAAUUAUAAAUUUUCACGUUUGAUAUUUUGGGAAGUGCGAGUACUCACAGAUUAUUUUUACUUUGUUUUGGUGUAUUUUUGGUUCUAAUUCUCAAAUUAGAAUUUUAUUUACAAACGGACAAUACAAAUAGUUUCUUGUACGCGCAGAAAAAGGUGCAUUUCACGUUUUUGGCGAGGCUAACAAAUUGACAUCAUUUACAGUAGAAGUGGAUACCCACACGAAUUUCAUAGCAUCUUGGGAUAACAAUUUUCUUUUGUAAAUUCAAAUUCAAAACUGACUGUGGAACGAACGAAAAGAAGAAAUAGGAAAAACAAACUUUUUGUUCAGACAUUAUCCCCACAUUAACACGGAGUAUAAAACAGCAGUUUUAUGUUUUGUUUGGGACAAUUUGCUAAACAGUCCAGAGCAUUCAACGUUGGUUUGGAAAAACCGGUGACAUUUUGAUUGGUUUUUGGUGCAACCGAAUUGGUGUUGCGUUUGCUUUUCGUCUCGUAUCAGUAUUGGCGAUUCAGAAAAGAGGUUGACCACCUUUUUUUCGGACUGGACAGAGGAGUGAAAAUUUUUUCGGAUCUCACAUUUACCAUAAUAAACUGUCAAGAUUGCGGCCAUGGGUAGAAAGAAAAUUCAAAUUUCCCGUAUCACGGAUGAACGGAAUAGACAGGUGACUUUCAACAAACGUAAAUUUGGUGUGAUGAAAAAAGCCUACGAAUUGUCUGUACUAUGCGACUGUGAAAUAGCAUUGAUAAUCUUCUCAAGCAGUAACAAGCUGUACCAGUAUGCCAGCACCGACAUGGAUAAAGUGUUGCUGAAGUACACCGAAUACAAUGAACCACAUGAGAGUCUCACCAACAAAAACAUAAUCGAGAAGGAGAAUAAAAAUGGCGUUAUGUCUCCCGAAUCACCGGAACAAGAUUCCGAAUACACACUCACUCCACGUACAGAAGCCAAAUACAGUAAAAUUGACGAAGAUUUCCAAAUAAUGAUGCAACGCAACCAGCAAUUGGCGUCCGGUCAACGGGUAAUGUCUGGUGGAAAUUACACUUUGCCCGUUACGGUACCGAUUCAGGGAAGCUAUAACGAAUCCGGAAUGCUGCAGGCUAGUCCACAAAUGGCUCAUCAGAAUAUUAGUCCCAGGCCAUCGAGUUCGGAAACAGAUUCGGUUUAUCCAUCCGGAUCACUACUUGAAAUGUCGAAUGGUUAUCCACAUUCAACGUCUCCGCUGGGCGGAUCGCCAAGUCCAGGUCCGAGUCCUGGCAUAGGUGGGCAUUUACAUAAAUCACACCACAUAAAGCAUUCACCUGGGAGUCAAAGUGGACGAAAUUCUAAUCUUCGAGUUGUAAUACCAAAUUCUGGUAUGUCAGCGCCUGAUGAUAACAACAUUAGCUACGGUGAACAUCGACAACAAUCAACGCUAAAUACUCCGGUCGUUGCACUACAGACGCCAGGCAUACCAGGACUAACAGCGUAUCCAUCGCUAGGAUCUUUUGGUGCCCAAGACUUUUCAAUGAGCUCUUCCGAUGUUAUGAGCUUAUCUUCAUGGAAUCAGAAUCUAAAUACCGUUCAGCACACUAGGUAUGGCUUACCACAUUUAGCAGUAUCAAAUAGUACACCUCCGCCUUCAACAUCACCGAUAAAUGUGAAAGUGAAAUCGGAACCCGUAUCACCACCUCGUGAUCAUAAUGGUAUCAUGGGACACAGUCACAGUUCAUCUGGUUUGUCAAUUACAACGAUGAAUAAUGCGACGUCAAAUAUUAGUGUUUUAAGUCAUACGCCGCAGCAUAUGAUAAUGACAUCUCGGCCGAGUUCAACGGGUCAUUUAACACCUACACUCGGCACUGCUACAAACGUACCUUCACCAGGUGGUGAUCUGCAUCGGCACAAUUCAAUGCAAGAUUACGAUCACUCACCGAAUCAACCACACAAGCGACCAAGAAUUUCAGAAGGUUGGAACACAUAACCCAAUUACUUCAACUAUCAAAACUAUUUGCAAGGCUUCAAACGAAACAAUAAUAAUUAUACGAAUGGCGGUGGAAAUUGCAAUGGCAACAACAAUGGCAGUGUUAUUGUUUUGAAGUGAAAAAGUAAAAAAAAAAAAAUUGAAUUCGACAAAUAAAAUGAAAGAAAAAUGAGAAAAGAAAACAAGGAACAGACAGUUUACAUCAAGAAGCAACUGCCUGUUAAAUAUAUUUUUUAUUUAAAUUGGGAGAGUUGCAAAACACAGAGAUUAUUUGUUGAAAAAACAAACAAAAAAAAACAUAAAAAACGUAAACAUUAAUGAAAAUAAUAAACAAAACAAAAAACAGUCGAGUCAUUCAAGUGAAAGAGAAAUUAAGUAAAAUAAAAGAGAACCUUCUAUCGUGUCAUAUCUUAAAGUAAAAAAAUGAAAAGAAAAUGAAAAGGAAAAAAUUCUAUUUAGUUAAAGGAUAUACAUCUAAAAGCUGUUGAUAAAAAUAUAAAUUUAAAUUUAACAUUACAAUUUUGUAGCAUUAAAUUUGUAGUUAUGAAAAAAGAUUGAUAUUAAAAACAAACAAGAAAUGGAACCGAGGGAGACGGAGAAGUUUUUUUUAAAUUUAAUUUAACAAUUAAAUAAAAGAAAAAUGUUUGAAAACACUAAAAAAAACACAGAGAACGCAAACACUUAUUAUAUUAGUGCAAUACAAAAUAAAGAAGAGAAAAAUGAAAAAUAAGAAAAUAUUUUUCAAAACAAAAAAGCUCCUCCAUCAUAUCUGAUAAAAAUGAGCUUUAAAAACAACUACGAAAAAAAAAAAGAUUUUACUUGUUCUGUUUCAUCACAGAAAUGAAACAGCAGAAGCAUAAAAUUACCGGCAAAAAAAUCUAUUUAAAUUGGUCUGUUGUAUAAAUAUAAAAAGAAAAUAAAAUGCAUCGCUUAAUUAAAUAGUGCUUGUGUUAGUCAGCAAGAAAGAUUGAUUGAGCUGUGUGUCGCCUUUUAAAAAGAAAAUAAACAAAAAAAAAAAGAGAAACCAGAAAAAUAUUGAAGAUACGUAAAUGAGAUAGAAACUAAAAAGAAAUGUUUAGUAUUUUUCUAAAUAAAUAAAUAAAAGGAAGUAAAAAAAAAUGAAGAAAAAUUUAGAUAAAUGAAAAAUGUUAACCUUAAACAAAAAAUUAAUUAAUUAAUUAUGAGAAGAACAUUUAUAUUGCACUUUUUAGCCAGAAAAUCGUAGACAAGAAUUAUAUUUAAAUAAUUUAACAAAAAAAAGAGAGAAAGAAAAUUGAUAUAAAAAACAAAAACCAACAAAAGUUAAAUGUUAAAAUCCAUAUUUUGUAAAGAAUAUUACAUAAAAAGUGCCAUUGGAUGGUUAUUUUAAAUUUAGAAUUAAAACUGAAAAAAGAAGAAGAAAAUUUGAAGAAGAAAAAAGAGGAAAAUUUAGGAGAAAAUCGCGCCAUUUUUAACAGAAAAUCAAUUGGAACUAAUUUAAAAUCUGUUUCUCAGUUCAGUACACGUGCAAUUUCAAUGUAAAUAUCCAAAUUCAAACCGUAUAAAUAAACAGAAAAACAAAUUUCAUUCAUUUCUUGGGGUGAUAGGCCUUGUUCGACUGUGAAAGGACAUUAAUUGAUGGUAGAUUGAAUGCUUGCUUGUUGUUUUGAUUAGUCUGCUGAAGGAAAGGAUUAUAAUCAACUCGUCGAAAUCAUAAGUUUAUUUGAACAAAAAUUAGACGUGUCAAAUUAGCGAAUUAUAAGAGAAAUGAAAUUACAUUCAUUUAGCUCCGUUUCAAAUAGGCUGAUGAUGUCAAUUGAUUUUUCAUUGAGAAGUUAAAACAAAGAACUCGGAAGCCCAUUCGUAUCGCUUCUGCAUUUAACUAUCCCAUCUUAAAUGCUGAAUCUUUCAAUAUCACCUCCCCACCGUAUCUGAAGCAUGCAAAGUAAUUAAUUAAAAGUUUUGUUUCACUUCUGUGCCCGAACAUAUCUCCUAUUCUAAAAAAUAGGUUUCAUUUAAUUCGAUCAACAAUCCCCUUUUCUGUUAAUAUCAAACUGGCCAACUGAGUCCCAUCCAUUAAUCUCAUUAAUCUGAUCAACAAUUCUACAACUGAAGACAUGCGAUGAGUUCCAUUGAAUCGUUUAGUCUAUACUGAGAUCCGACAUUUAAAUUGUGCAUUUAUCACGAUGAUUGGUAUAGAUCACUUCAGUUGGCGAUACUAUUACAGAGUUUAACGAUAAUUGGCUGUUAUCAUUCGAGGAAUGUGUCCUGUGUCAUUUAAGAAAUUAUUUGAAAAUCCUUGAAAAAAAUGGAAAAAAUCCUUAAAAUCAAUGAGAUUCCCCAGAUGGUUCACACAAUCUUUUAUAUCGAAAAGACACUCGCUCGAUAAAGAGUUGAAGUCAAAGAAAAACCUUCGAGAACAUUUUAAAAAUCCUUCGUCACUCAAAUUUGCUAUUUUUUGCCCACACAAGUGAUCAUCAUGACCAAUGGUUUAUUACUCCGAUUUAUCCGAAUGAAAUAUGCAUAACUGUCUCCGCGUAAAUAAACAUAAAAAAUCUGAUCCAAAAGAAGGUCGAUUCAUUUGACUUGUACAUAAAGAAUAAAUUUUCUUUUUUUGGGAUAAUUUUUUCUCCAAUUUUUCGUAAGCCGACCCCUGUAUACAUCUCUCGAAUAAACUAAAAAACAAAGAAAAAUUUGAGAAAAAAGAAGAAAAACAAAAUCAA